AUGGAUUUUGAAAUUGAAACUAUUCUAGGAGUUGCUUCUAUUUCUAUAGCACCUUAUAGAAUGGCACCAGCAGAAUUACAGGAAUUGAAAAAGCAACUUGAGGAUUUAUUGGAGAAAUGUUAUAUUCGACCUAGUAUAUCACCGUGGGGAGUUCCACUGUUGUUUGUGAAGAAAAAAGAUGGAAUCUUCAUUGAUGAUAUUCUGAUAUACUCCAGUAAUUCUGAAGAGCAUGAGCAUCAUUUGAGAAUAGUAUUACAAACUUUGAGAGAAAAGCAGUUAUAUGGUAAGUUCAGUAAAUGUGAGUUCUGGAUUAAUAACAUUACAUUUUGGGGGCAUAUUGUAUCUGCACAAGGUGUUCAACCGGACCCAUCUAAGGUGAAGGCUAUUCAGGAGUGGGAACCACCAAAAAAUAUUUUAGAAGUUCGUAGUUUUCUAGGAUUGGCUGGGUACUAUAGAAGAUUCAUGAAGAGUUUCUCCAUUUUAGCAAAGCCAUUGACUAAUCUGUUGAAGAAACAAGUGACUUUUCAGUGGAAUGAUAAAUGUCAAGCUAGUUUUGAGGAGUUGAAAAAUAGAUUGAUUACAGCACCUAUACUUACAUUACCUAUACAAGGAGGGGAAUAUUUAGUCUAUACAGAUGCUUCACUUAAUGGUUUGGGUUGUGUAUUGAUGUAG